AUGUCAACCGAGUCAACGGAGCGAGUUACCCUGCCUGAGACUGUUGCCGACUGGGAAAAGGACAUGGCCAAGUAUCCAGAGCUAGACGCGGCAUACCUCCAUCAGGCUGAACUGAAAGUGAAACUAAAAUCCGCCUCGACCAUCGAUGAGAAGCAGUUCUUGCUUCUUCGCGUGUUAUGGAAGGAACCUGCCAUUGAGCCCGUGCUUGACAGUGACAUAUUCAACCCUGAGCAUGCAGGCCUUCAGGAGUGGAUGGAAAAAGCCGAGGCCUCUCUCAGAAACUACAAAUCCUGGAAGAAAUACUGCAAAUCUCUUGAGAAGCGAUCCGCCCAGAUACCAGAGGGAACAUUUGCCCUGGCGGAGGCAGCUCAGCGACACGCUGCGAACAUUGAGACUGAAGAGAUGCGUCCGACGGCAAUCUUCACCCCGAAAAGCCACUUUACUCGAAGCAAAGCCCAGCACCCACCAAAAAAAAUCAAAGGCAACUCACUGGCUGAGAAAGAAGAGCAUAUGAAUGAUUCCCAGCCGGUGACGCCGGAACGGUCGCUCGCAGAUGAUGAAGACACAGAGGACGAAGAAGAGGAAGAGAGCCCUUUGGCGCGGAAGCAUCCGAAAGAACCCCCAUCCGACUCGAAUCCUCUGGGAGACAGCCCUUCAGCCCCGAAGACUCCGGAACAGAACCCUUCAGCACCGAAGCAUCCGGAUGAAAGUCCUUCAGACCCAAAGACUCCAGAAGAGGGCCAUUCGACUUUGGAAACCCCAGAGGGCCCCUCGACCCUGGAGACUCCAGAAGACAGCCCGUACACCCUCACGUCCCCCGACGAUCCAGACCUGCUCCAUAUGCUCUACGCACCCUCCCAGGACGAGCAAAUAGUCAAUACCGCCCUAGUGGACUUCCUGAGCGCUCUAACCCUCCACACCCUCCUCCCCCUGCGCUGGAGCAUGCACCGCGUCCCGCUCAAAGCAAACUUCGGAAACGCGUCCUACGAAGCCCGCACAGACGGAUACCUUGACAUGACGGGCGUAGAGCGCCGCGGGCAACGAAUCCGCGCCCUCAUCGAAGUCAAAGCCGUGUAUCGCAACAGAAAGCGUGCGGCGAUCCGUAUGCAGGAGGCGGCGCAGACGGUCGCUUGGUUAGCGUCGUACCCGGAACCUGGAGAUCGCUUGAAUGAGCGGGGAAGACGCAUCCACCUUUGCCAAGAUAGACACGAGGUUUUCAUCUUGUAUGCCGAGUACACGGAGAAGUACUUGGAGUACCUGCGGACCGGCGCCGGGGCCAAAUCCGACGACCCGGAGACCUUUUUGACCAUGCACGAGUUUGGGCCCUGGGAUACCACCGACCCAGACCGCAUGAAACAUCUGGCGCCUAUUGUCGUUGCUAUUGCUAUGCGCGCCGCCGAUGACCUCAAGGCUUCUCUCUCCCUUGUUCAGGCUGUUCUCCCUUAUCGUUGA